AUGCCAGAAUUAGUCAAAAAUAAUUGCAAACUCUUUGCUGAUGAUAGCCAGUUGGUUGUUAAAAUAAAAACAGUUACGGACUUGGCUUUAGUUCAAAAUGAUAAUGAUAUGAUAUGUAAUUGGUCAAGACUUUGGUGCAUGGAACUUAGCAUAAAUAAAUGCAAGGUUCUUAAGUUCCGCGGUGGUUCCACAGGCAUCAAUAUCUCCUUGACAAUGUUAGAUAAAAAUGGCAGUCAAAUUCCUAUUGAAGAUGUAUCCGUUGAAAGAACAUUGGGUGUUCUGAUGCAAAAUAAACUGAAAUGGUCAGAUCAGAUUAGUGAUGCCACUCUCAAACCUAAUUCUAUACUUGGGGUACUCAAAAGAACUUUUAAAAAAUGGAACUAUGUUCGUGAAGCUCUAUGCAGCAUAUGUAAGACCGAUAUUGUAGUACUGUGCACCAAUUUGGUGCCCUUUUCUUCUAAAGGACAUUAA